GCUCCAAGCGAGAGAGCCCCGCCCGCUCAACCCACCCCCGACGUCUCCUGCUCCCGAGGCGAGGAUUGGGCGGAGCGCGAGGGUUAUGCCGCCAGGCUGGUUCCCGGGUUCCCUUCCGCGCCAACCUCUCACGUGGGCUCUGGAGAGGGGAGGAGGAAGGGGCGGGGCGCCGGAGGAGAGUCGCGAGAGAGCCGCGCUGCUUCCCAGGCUGUGCGCGUGCGGUCCGAGCCGAGCCCGCUGCCGUUGGUACUGCAACCGCUUCCAGCCGCCGCCAAAGAGUAAGCGGGCGGGGGGGGGGCGGCGAAGGAGAGAGGAAAGGAAGAGAUUGACCAAUGGGAGCGGGGAGGGUCCUGUGCAUGAAAACGGGGUUUGCCCUCCCCGCAUGGUCGUCUGACCACCCCCCUCCCGGCAGCACGAGGUGGUUUAGUCCCCAUAGGGGAAAGAGUAGAUGGGAUCAGGGAACUCCUUAUUGGGGGGGGGGGAUGGCGGCGGCGACGCGUGUCUCAGUCCUUGAUUUUAUAGAGGGGUAGCGGGAGAGAAGAGCCCAUUUAUGAGGGGGAAGAAGCGGCCUUUGCAGCAGCCACGCCAAGCCUCUCCUUCAGGCCGAGCGCCUUUCUUCUCGCCGCUCCCUUGUGUGAAUGCGUUCACACGUGUGUUGGGAGAUUGGGGGGGGCGGGACCUGCGAGUCUUCCAUGCCGAGGUCCGAUCUCCGCUUAGGCUGAGCCUCCCUAAAUCACAGCCUUGCUAGGCUCUCGCGAUCGCUUGGCCCUGUUUUGCGUGGGGACGCGGGCAGAGGCUGCUUGGGACCCUGGCACGUGCUCUGGCGCCCCUCUGCGACUUCCCUGGGGAAGCUGCUGCGGAAGGAGACCUUUCCGCGUUUUUUCCUCCAUGUUAAAGGUGGGGCAGCUCCCCUCUCUUUCCCACCCCCACCUCCGCCCUGGGGGGGGGGGAGGUGGGCCAAAGUCAGCCUUCCCCUUGCAUUGCAGCGCUGCCCUCCUGGCGGCAGGGGGAGGCCUGGGUCCGCAUGACCUUGUGUGCCGACCUGAUGGUAGGAAGGAGCACGUGCGGGGGGCAAAGGAUACGCUGGGCUUGUUCAUUGAACUUUCUUCUUACCUGUUUUCUCCUCCUGAGGCCUCUUUCCUCUCUCCCACACAUUCCAUCCCACUCCACCUCCCCGUUUUCUUUCAUCGGCUUUUCCUUGAUGACCUGAGCAGUUUCCCUAUCUCCAUUAUUCCUGGUAUUUGGUUAGUUCAGAUUUGUAGCUCCCUCGGCUCCUUUGCAUUGAAACUUAACGUCAAGGUAACUAAUUGGAAUCAAUAGGUUACCCCUUCCGAUUUUUAGGACCGUAGAGUUGGAAGCGUCCCUGUGGAUCAUCUAGACUAAUGCCCUGAAAAAAGCUGGGAUAUGCAGCUGUUCUGUAUGGGGAUCAGACCUGCAAGAUUGACAUUUUCAAAACCAACUGAGCUAUCUAGAUAUGCCCCAUUAAACAAGCGUUUGCUCAGUAGUUCUGAUCAUGUGUAUAUGUUCUAAAACGCACAUGCAUUCUGUUGAACUGAAAUCAGUGCUGAAAUUAUAUAAUACUUUCUCCCUCAGGAUAAAUAUGUAUGCCAGGGUUGUGAAACGUGGUUCCCUCCUGUUGUUACGCUCCUAACAUUCAUCAACUGCAUCAACUGGGCAGUGGUUAAGGAGCAGUAGUCCAGCAAUAUCUGGAGGGCCUUAAGUGUCCUAUGCUAGCGUACAGGGUUAAUUGGUGUUAGCACAUAAAAUAAUAGAACUUUAGAGUUGGGAGGAACCCCGAGGGUCAUCUAGUCCAACCCCCUGCAAGCAGGAAUCCUGCCCACAGCUGUCCCUAGGUGGGCUUGACACCUUCUGGUUAACAGUCAUUGUGCCACCUGAGGGACCUUCAAAUGAGCAACCCGUAUGGGUACAUAUUGCUGCGUUGCAGGGGCUUGGACCAGGUCAGGCAUAGGCAAACUUGGCCCUCCAGAUGUUUUGGGACUACAACCCCCAUCAUCCCUAGCUAACAGGACCAGUGGUCAGGGAUGAUGGGAAUUGUAGUCCCAGAGCAUCUGGUGGUGCCUCGCAAGACGAAAUUAAUCCGUUCCGCGAGUCUCUUUGUCUUGCGGUUUUUUCGUCUUGCGAAGCACGGCUAUUAACGGCUUAGCGGCUUUAAGAAAAAGGAAACAAACUCGCAAGAACUCGCAAUACGUUUCGUCUUGCAAAGCAAGCCCAUAGGGAAAUUCGUCUUGCGGAACGACUCAAAAAACAGAAAACUCUUUCGUCUAGCGAGUUUUUCGUCUAGCGAGGCAUUCGUCUUGCGGGGCACCACUGUAAUUCAGUUGCCAUUUUUCAAAAGGCAGUGCUUGCAUUCAGACGACUUCAGCCACUUUGUGUACCUUCAAGCAAUGGUCGCGAUUGAGCUCAUGGCUACAGGCAUGGAAUGCUCUCUAGCACGUGACAGAUAAAGCAGUGGUUGUGUUGGCACUGAUUUCUUUUAAAAUUUCAUUCGUUUGCAGAAAUGCUCCGUUUACCAACAGUGCUGCGUCAGAUAAGGCCGGUGUCCAGAGCACUGGCCCCGCACCUUACGAGAUCCUAUGCAAAAGAAGUUAAAUUUGGAGCAGAUGCUAGAGCUCUUAUGUUGCAGGGCGUUGACCUUCUCGCUGAUGCUGUGGCCGUCACCUUGGGACCCAAGGUACUGAAAUGGCUUUACUUGCUGUUAUGUGGAAGCUUGUGCUGAAGGGAUGAGCAUAGUCCAAAAUAUAUCCUACAUGCUUGGGGUACGAUCCAGUCAAAAUUAAGAGCUUUGGGGUCUGACUGGUUUUUCAGUGAGAGAGGUGAGCAUGUGCUUAAAUAACCUUCCAAUGGAAUCAUUGGGGCUUAAAAGUGCUUCACUUUGACUGGACCUUGUCCUUUGGGUCCUCUUUAAAAUGGUUUGCUAGAGCAUUCCUGUAAAUUUAUUGCCACUGGCAUACAUACUUAACACAAAUUAGAAUUUGUUGCCUGGCAAGUAGAUGAAUGAGAUAGUUGGGACAUGUUCUUUCAUGCAUUCUCUCACUUUGUUAUUCCUUUGAGCUAAAAUCCUCAAAGGUUUCAAGUCUACAUGGCAGCUGCAUAUAUAGCUAGUUUGAGAGAGGCAGAAUGCAUUACACAUUUGCUCUCCUUUUUGCCUUAAUGGUGGCUAGACCUUCAGGCAGGACAAAGGGCAUCAAGAGGUGUGUGCACAAGGCGGCCUUCAUCUGAAUUUCUUUUGGGCUUCUAAGGCCAGCCAGGGGAAGCAGCAGCAGGGAGUCUCGCUAAGUAUUCUAGAUGGAACCUUACAAUAUGCUACAGACAUGAAUCUUUAGUAAUACGUAAAGUAUCUCAGUUAACCAUUAACAAUCCCAAAGCUCUGUCCAUCUUCAUUGCAAACACUCACUGCUCUUCAGUCACAUGCUCUUCCUGCCUCUCCUGCUCCCUAGUUUUCUACACCUGUGUAACACAUUCCUCUGCUCCUUUGUAGUCGCACCAUUGUUCACGUAUAGCAGUCCAUAAAUGUGCACAUCACUGGUAAAAUGUGCUUAAAGUGAGCAAAAGUCCCAACAGUACUCUGGACAGUUGCUAUCCUUGACCUCACACUGAACAGAGAGGCUCAGGAAAAAAACUGGUGAUAUUUCUUUGGUGAGCUUUUUGGCUCAGCGCAAAGUUAGAAAGUUUCCCACAGCCCAACUGUGCCAUACAAUACCUUAGUCAAGCAAGACCUUGUUCCUCAAAGAGUGUCAUUGCCAGCAGUGGGCAGAAAGUUUAGCUGGUUACCAAGGCUAAUUGGAAUUGAUGGACCCUCGUUUUAAGCGGUUCCUCUGAUGUCCUCAGAGCUGGUCAUUUUUUUAAUUUUUUACUAAUCUGAUAAAUAUGACAAGGUGAUUUGCAGACAAAUUCUUAGAAAAAGUUAAAAUAAGAUACAAGAACAACAGAGUUUAGAUAUAAAAGCCACACGAUAACGAACAACUAAUUUACAUUUUGUAUUAUCUAUACCAGCAGUUUAAAUGGAACUGUUCCUUUACAUUCACAUUAUCUGUGCCCACACUUCCUUACGUAAGAUAUUGCUGCUGCUGCUUCUCCAACAUUCAUUGUGGUUCCAAAUGCACCAUGUGUACGGAUAAAUAAAUGUUAUAUAUUGCUUUAUAAAUAUCACAAAAUAUGCCCCUACAGGCGUUGCAGCCGUGGCUGAUGUGCUACUGUUGUGUCAAUAGGUGGCAGAGAGGAACAAGCUAUGUCUACGCUCAGUGUUCUGCAACCCGUGAGCACUCAGAAUGAUUAGUAGCUUGACAGGUGUCCCAUAAAUAAAUAUCAUACAUUGAAGUUUUACAAGGGUCCUGUUAGAGCCAAAAAAUUGUGCUUAUGUAGCAGCAUGUCCGUCCCACUCGCAUGAGCACUAGCUAUCCCCAUAUCUGUUCUAAAAGGUAGAGGGAGCCCCUAAAACAGAUUUAUUUUUGGGGGGGGGGAGUUCCAUUGUUCAAGUGUAAAUACUUCAUUCAACAUUAGUUGAAUGCCUGCUAAAAAUAUUUUUGUAUGUACGUAAAACCUGAAGUUCAGAGCUGAAGUUCCAUGUGUAUACCAAGCAUCUGGACAUAGCUCUCUGCUUACUAAGGGAUCAUCUGCUGGUGGAAAAGUCUGUAAAUGUUAGCCAAAGCCAGAUUGUGCAUCAACACUGCAAGCCACACAACACAUAGUUAAACUAGUGGAACUUGCUGCUGCAGGAAGCAGUGAUGACCACCAAUUCAGAUGGCUUUAAAAGAGGGGUGGACAAAUUCAUGGGGGAAGAAGGCUAUUAAUGGCUGCUACCCCCAGUGGUUCUGCUUUGCUACCACUGCUGGAGGUCACAGUGCUUCCAAAUACCAGUUGCCGCAAACAACAGGAAGGGAGAGUACUCUUGUGUUCAGAUGCUUAUGGGCCUUCCACAGGCAACUGGUUGGCCACUGGGGGAACAGGAUGGUUGGCUAGAUGGGCCGUUGACCUGAUCAAGCAAGCUCUUCUAAUCUUCUAUAAUCAUGUCAUCAAGGGACAUGGAAAAGAGUUAAGAGCCUCGGACAGAAGAUCACCAGGUUGAUGGACCAUAUGGAAUUGAUAGAAAGGGCUGGCAGAAUCCGAGACCAGGGAGAAGAGACGGUGGAAGAAGACUGGAAAAAAGUUUAAAAUUUAUUUAUAGAAACAUUGUAAAAUUAAUGAGUGUUAGAAAAAUGUUGGAAUGAAAUUACACGGUUUUAGUAGAAAUGUUAUAAGGAGUUAAGUACAAAUAAGUUUUAGGGUAUUAAUGGUAAGAUAAGGUUAAAAUAAAUUAAGACAAUUAUAUGACAGAAAACAGUGAAAGAUGGAAAGGAUUUGCUGAAAUAAUUAAUAAUUAGAACACAAAACAGGGAGGUGUGAGGAGGUCGAUGAAACAAGUUAAUGAAAGACAAAGAUACGGAAAUAUUGGAUGUGUUUUUAAUUGUUUUUGUUUUUGCUUUUGUUUUGAUGUAUUGUGUUUUUUGUUUUGAUGUAUUGUAAUGUACUGAUUUCUAUUGUUUAUUUUCUUUCUUUUUUCCUUCUUUCUGUAAUCUUUAAACUUUUAAUAAAUAUUAUUUUUUUUAAAAAAAAAAACUUCUAUAAUCAUGACAUUGUAGAGUUCAGAGGGUCCUCUAGUCCAACCCCUGCUAUGCAGAAAUCUUGCCUGAAGCAUCCAUGACAGAUGGCCAUCCAAUCUCUGCUUUAAAAUCUCCAAGGAAGGAGAGUCCACCAUCUUUCAAGGGGGUCUUUUGCACUGUUUGCACUUCUGCAUAUCUGCCUUCCUGGAAGCGUUGCGGCUUCCAGCCUCAGGAAGAAAUUACCCUAGUAAUCCAGUGUUUCAUUGUGCGUGUGUGUGUCAUGUUUUUACAGGGGAGAACAGUAAUUAUUGAACAGAGCUGGGGAAGCCCUAAGGUGACGAAAGAUGGCGUGACAGUAGCCAAGUCAAUUGACUUGAAGGACAAGUACAAAAACAUUGGAGCCAAGUUAGUUCAGGAUGUUGCCAACAAUACCAAUGAAGAGGCAGGAGACGGUACUACGACCGCAACGGUACUGGCACGUUCGAUUGCCAGGGAGGGGUUUGAAAUGAUCAGUAAAGGAGCAAAUCCAGUGGAGAUCAGGAGAGGUAAUGAUGUGGAUAACGUUGGCUCAGACCUGCCAAUUCCUCUAGUUAUCUUCCUUGUUUAUCUUGGAAUUUGUUUUCAAAUUACAGUGGUACCUCGGGUUAAGUACUUAAUUCGUUCCGGAGGUCCGUACUUAACCUGGAACUGUUCUUAACCUGAAGCACCACUUUAGUUAAUGGGGCUGUCACCGCACUGCCGGAGCACAAUUUCUGUUCUCAUCCUGAAGCAAAGUUCUUAACCUCAAGCACUAUUUCUGUGUUAGAGGAGUCUGUAACCUGAAGCGUAUGUAACCCGAGGUACCACUGUAUGUACCAAUGUUGCAGAAACAUUACAAGGUGCUACUUUCGUGAAAAGAAAAUGGGAAGUGGGGUGUCUAUAAUUUUCUGGUCAUAGAUAUGCGUACAUCCCUUCCUCGUACGCAGGUGUCCAGCGACCCACAUCCAGUGGAGCUGUGGGCAUGCUAUUAGCGUUAGCUGAGUAUCAGCAGGAAGUGAGUGUAGGUAUUUGGCAUUGCAAAAGCUUCUUUAUUUACAGCAGAUCAAAACAACAAACAUGAUUGAAUGUGAGCAGCAGCUUCACACACGUCUCCUCUGUCCGAAAGCAGAGAACAAAGAGAGAAAGUACAAAAGCACAUAGAACGGAAGUACGGUGUCUGAGUUCUGUUCCCACACUCCUAUCACUAUAGAAUGUGGAUCAUGAGAUCCAACAGCAAUGAAAGAAUGAAAUUACUAACAAUAUAUUGUGACCCCUGUUAAAGCACAUUGGUCAGUGAAUUUUUGUAUAUUGUUUCUGGUUACCGCUUACGUUACGUGUUGUUUACCGAGCGUAAUGGUACCUGGGCCUUUAUCGGUCUUUUAUAAAAGAGGCACAUAAAAUGCUUUUGUGGUCUUCUUAAAAGCAUGAAACAAGUGUGUUGAGGAUUAAGACCCUGAAAGUCUGACUGCAUGGCAGGGUAGGAGGGACAGUUACUGCCCAAAAUGAGUAGCGCAUGCCCGCAGAUAGGCAGUCUUAAUAAGCAAAUUGCAUCUUCAGCUUACCUCCUAUCUCUGCCUUGUGUUGUCUGGCACUAUGAAAGUUGCAUUUUUGGUUCUGCCUCCUCUUGCCUUUUUAAGGCAGAGACAGAUUCGAGUGAACCUGCAUGGCAUCAGAUUGGUGUUUCCCUAGCUGGUGAAAAGCCCUUGAUGCUGGAGGUGGAGGUAACCAAUGGCACAAUGCGCUGUGUUUUCCUAGGUGAAGAACCCCUCCUAGUGAAUGCUUUUUUGGGGAGAAAUUCAUGAUGCAGGGAAGAGGAAGAGGCAGCUCUGUGACAUGUGUGGACCCUAUCUUCCUGGUGUUUAAUGUGAUAACUGCAUCCCAGCAGUCAGGGAUAAUGCAUUGUAUGAUCAUUUAUAGCCUUUGUGUUGCUCUUGGAGCAUAGUACGAUGGUGAAGUUUUGUUUGCUGUUGACUGUGUAGACUGUUUAAUUGCAUAGCUGUACCGUGUUCCCUCAGGGGUGAUGCUUGCUGUAGAUGCUGUAAUUGAGGAAUUGAAGAAGUUGUCCAAACCAGUCACAACUCCAGAGGAAAUUGCUCAGGUAAAUGCUAUCUCUUUCGUAAAACAAACAUCUUCCUUCUCCCUGCUACUUUUAUACCGUGUAGGUGCACCGUUUAAGAGGGCUUGCUAAAUGUAAUAUUUCACUCCUUUAACAAUAUUGUAUCUGUGAGAAAAUGUUCUAGGCGCUAUUCCUUAAAUUUGCGUUAGUAAUGCCUCUUUGACUAUGCUUUCAAUACUCCAGCCUCUUUUUUUUUAUUUUUUUAAAGGUAGUAUUUGUAGCUAGUUCACGCAGACCUCUCUCUUUUUGUUGUACAGGUUGCUACAAUAUCUGCAAAUGGCGACAAGGAAAUUGGCAACAUAAUCUCUGAUGCCAUGAAAAAAGUUGGACGAAAAGGUGUUAUCACAGUUAAGGUAAGGGUAACUCUAGUAAGGUCUACUUAUUGUAUGCCAAAAUAGGAUACUAGCUCAAUGUUGAGGAAAAGACCUCAUCAUUGUAGAAAAAGUGCAACAUUAUGGGGGAGACAAAGAUCUAAAACAGAAAAUGAAGCAGCUUGUUAUGAGAUAGGUUGUGCACACAGGGUGCAGCUAAUUUCCAUGACCUUUUUUAAAAAAAACAGGACGGAAAAACUUUGAAUGAUGAAUUAGAAAUUAUUGAAGGCAUGAAGUUUGAUAGAGGCUACAUCUCUCCCUACUUCAUUAAUACAGCCAAAGGUAAGUUAGAACAAGACUCACACUGCUCGUUUGCCUUAACAGCUUGGUUCUGUUGGAAUAGACUAAACGCAGUUUUAAAAAAAAUCUUAGUAAUGUGUUCCUUUUUGCCUCAAAAUAGAGGUGUCUGCAAAUAUUAGAACCCACUCCCUAAUUUACAGAAUUAGAUCUGUGGCACAAGUUGUGCCAUCUUUUCUGGCAUGUGAUGUAGUUUGUACAUACGGGUAAACACGCAGGGAAAGGUGAGAGCUCCCCAUGCCACUUGUCAGGAACGUAAUCUCACAAUCCAAACCUUAAUGAAGCUCUUAGGGUUCCUGAUGGAAUACCCUAGGUACGUAACACGUGUUUGCCCUUUUGUGUGCCGUUGCUGACGAAGCUGCCUCACAAAUUAUAGGUGCUGGAACUCUCAUGCUUGCAUUUUAUUUGCGUACUUGUGAGGAGGCAAAUUUGGGUACAGGCAAAAAAAAAAAGAAAAAAAAGAUUGCUACUAAAAUACGUAAAAAAUGGAAUCCAGCUUUAAUCUUUCCCACAAGUAACAAAUUAUAUUUCUCCCAAGCUUCCUUCAUUUCAAGCAGCCUAAUUUAGAAGGAAGUUGAAAAAGCUUGUUUUGUUUUGACCGUUACACCAUUGUUAAAAAUUUGCAAGCCAGAAAUCUUUGAUCUGUUGCAGAUCACAGAGAGAUCUACCAGUAGAUCCUGAUCUACCUUCUGCCCAUCCCUGAAUUAAACUGAAAUACUGUAUGUUACUGGUUUCAGGUAAACAAAACCAGUAACAUACAAAAUUAUGCAAGAAUUAAUAGUCCUGUUUUUGCAUGUCCUUUGGUAGCAUUUUAACAGCACCAAGUUCAAAGAAAAGUUGUAUGUUAGAGACCAUUGAAAGUCUGCUGUAAUUGGGCAUGUUUUUUGAAGCAUUUCAAAGAAGGUGGCUGCAUAAUGGCUAUGAUAGGAUUAGAAACUGAGGAAUGUUAAUAGUCACUAUCUCUUGAGAUAGUAUUUUGUAAUUUAUUUCAAUAACGUUGCUUUCAUCUGUAGGACAGAAAUGUGAAUUCCAAGAUGCUUACGUGUUAAUCAGUGAAAAGAAGAUUUCUAGUGUUCAGUCCAUAGUACCAGCUCUUGAAAUUGCCAAUAAUCACCGCAAGCCUUUAGUUAUUAUUGCUGAAGAUGUUGAUGGAGAGGCCCUCAGUACCCUUGUAUUAAACAGGUAGGCGUGGAACAAGUAUCUGUCUUUAUUUUUAACACUUUUGAGUUUAAUCCAUUUGAUCUUCCUUAGUAAUCUUGCUGCAGAAAGGGGUAACUGUUGCAGGGUAGGGCAAAAAUCUUGGCUAUAAUUAGAUAAAACCUUUUUUUUUUCAGGUAUUGUCUGGUCCAAGAAAUUGUACACUUUAUAGCCAGAUCAUAAAGGAAAUAAGCCUUAUUGAUUGAAGUAGAAAGUCCAUAAAAGAAUACUUAGCAUUGCAGAUCUAGUGGGCUUAAACUAUGUGGGGGGGGGGAGAAGUUCAUCAGUACAGUGGUACCUUGGGUUACAGACGCUUCAGGUUAAAGACUCCACUAACCCAGAAAUAGUACCUCCGGUUAAGAACUUUGCUUCAGGAUGAGAACAGAAAUCGUGUGGCAGCAGCGGCGGGAGACCCCAUUAAAUAAAGUGGUACCUCAGGUUAAGAACAGUUUCAGGUUAAGAACAGACCUACAGAACGAAUUAAGUUCUUAACCCGAGGUACCACUGUAGUCUUCAGCCUUUAAUAUGAAAACAAAUUUAAAUCCUGACAAAUAAACAAACAAUGAAUAGGAGAUCACUUUCACUGAUUUUCGGUUGAGUUUUCCGUGUUGCCAACUAUGGAGAGCCUUAUUUUACGAGAACACAGUUGUACCAUUUCGGAAUAAAGACGUGAACAACUAAUAACUCUUGAGUGCUGACUUUCUCUCCUUUUUUUUCCAGACUGAAGGUUGGCCUACAGGUUGUUGCCGUGAAAGCACCCGGUUUUGGUGACAAUAGAAAAAAUCAGCUUAAAGAUAUGGCAGUUGCUACCGGCGGUGCUGUAAGUAAAUUUUCAUAUGUAUCUUAAGUAUUAACCCUAAAUAAUUAGCAUGGAAUACUCGUUUACCAAUUUUUUGCAGAGCCAUAACUGAGUAUAUGUACUUUUCUAACAAAAGACGUUGGAUGUUAAUUCAGAUUGCCAUAGGAACAUGGGAACUUUAUACAAAGACAGGCCAUUGGGCCGCCUAACUCAGUAGUCUUCCUAGUCUUAAGAACUCCAACCAACCAUCAACCAACAGAUGUUUGGGAGAUGUUUUCCUGGGGUUCAGGCAGGAAUCUUUCCUCUUUUUGCCUAAAGAUGUCAAGAGUUGAACCUGACACCUUUUGCAUACAAAGCACGUGCUCUACAACUGAGCUACAGAUGUGUGCCAGUUUAAAGAAAGCACCACACACUGAUCAGUUGAGUGAGGCCUAAGCCAUUCUAUGCCCUGUUUACCGUUGCAUACAUCAUUGGUUGUUCAGUGCUGAACAUAGCCCUUCUUUCCAGUCAUAAAAGAUUUGCUUAGAAAAUAGAUAACAUUGCCAGUGUAAGCUCUGUGCAUUAAGAAACCAAUUCAGAAUGUGAAUGUAACAGGCGGAGACAUUUGUAGUGGUUGAACCCAGGUUGCGAGUCCAAAUCUGAUUCAGCCAUGGAACUUGCUGGGUGACUUUGAACCACUUGCUGUCUCUCAGUCUAACCUACCUCAAGGUGCUUGUGGGGAUAAGAUGCUGAGAGCAAGAGCUUUGUAUGCAGCGUUGAGGUCCCUGAAGGAACAGUGGGGCAUUACCAUAGAAGUAAAUAAAAUAAAUCAACCAAUUUUUGCAAAUGUCCAGGAAGCUGUUACUUCCUGUAGGUCACUUUGCAAUUACAAGUACAGAAAAUCUAGGUGAAGAAUUAAGAGUGUUAAUAAGCCCAUUCACUGAAUUUAGUGGGGCUUUCUGUAGUGAGUGUGUUUAGGAUUGCAUUCCCAAUGAAGCUGUCCAAAUGAAACCAGCUAAUCAGUAAUUUGAAAAAAGCCGUGGACUUUUUAAAGUAUUUAAUAUUAAUCUGUUUCAGGUGUUUGGGGAAGAAGGCUUGACCAUAAACGUAGAAGACAUUCAACCUCAUGACUUUGGUAAAGUUGGAGAAGUCAUUGUGACGAAAGAUGACUGUUUGCUACUUAAAGGGAAAGGUGACAAAGUACAAAUUGAAAAGCGCAUUCAGGAAAUAGUUGAACAACUGGAGGUUACAACAAGUGAAUACGAGAAGGAGAAACUCAAUGAACGCCUGGCCAAACUUUCUGACGGAGUAGCUGUACUAAAGGUGAAUCUUCGUAUUACUAUUUUAUUUUUAUUAUUUAUUUAUUUAUUUAUUUACUACUACUUUUAUUUGUUGCUUAUUGCAUAAAAUUAUUUUACUAUUAUAUACUACCUUGGAAGUCAAAAUGAAUCGGUUCUGGAAGUCUGUUCGACUUCCAAAACGUUCUAAAAUCAAAACGUGGCUUCUGAUUGGCUGCAGGAAGGUCCUGCAGCCAAUCAGAAGCCAUGGAAGGCCUGUCGGACUUUUGGGUUCCAAAAGAACGUUCGCAAACCGGAACAAUCACUUCUGAGUUUGCGGCAUUCGGGAGCCAAAACGUACGAAUUCCAGGGCGUUCGACAGUCAAGGUACGACUAUACCGCCCUUCACUCAAGGACCACAGGGCGAGAUCACCACAGUGACAUUCACCGAAAGUAGAUCACUGCACAACGAUAGCCUUUUCCCCUGCAGGUGCAAGUAGCGCUCUCUAGGCUAUAAAGUGAGAAUAGGAAGCCAGUGGCCCUCCAGAUGAUGGUAGAUUCUGACCCGCAUCAGCCCCAGCUACCCUGGCCAGAAUGAAGAGUUUUCCCUCAUUCCCUAGGGAAGGCCAUAGAUCAUUCACCUUCCCCUGCUAUAGAGCUGUCUUUGUGAAAUAACUUUCAGAUUAGAGCUCAGAACAGCAGCCUUAAAAUAAGAUUUCUUUUCUUAGGUUGGAGGAACGAGUGACGUUGAGGUGAAUGAGAAGAAGGACAGAGUCACGGAUGCCCUCAAUGCCACUCGUGCUGCCGUAGAGGAAGGCAUCGUUCUAGGAGGCGGCUGUGCGCUGCUUCGGUGCAUUCCAGCACUAGAUACUUUGACUCCAGCCAAUGAAGAUCAGAAAAUUGGUAGGUGCACUAUACAUGCUUUAAAGAAAUGAAAGUAACAGUUAAGAGCUUGGAUCCUGAUAAAAACUAACAUGAGGUUCCCCAGUACCUUCUCCCUCCCUCAGUAGUUCCUUGCAUAGAAACCUUGGUUCCUUGGGAGCAUUUAACAGCCUUUCUUGGGGGGUGCAGACAGUUGAGUGGGCAGGAAACUCCUUUGGCUAACCUGCCUUUGAAUUGCUCCUAUUGGCUAUGUUGGUGGGUGUUGGGAGUCCCUAUAUCUGGAUGCCCUCAAGGUCGUCAUCCCUUAGAGCAGGGACUGGGAACCUCAGGCUCAGGGGCUGAAUAUUUCAAUUUUAAGGAUGCUUCUUGCUUGCCUGGGUAGAAAAUGGGGGGGGGGUGUUGAAACUGGCCUACCAUUAGAUAAAAAUUUUAUUUACUGCUCUGUCCAUCACUGGCAUAUGUCCAAAAGGUUUCCCCAACCCUGAUGUGGGAGGUGUUAAGAUUUUUGAAAGGAACAAAAGGUCUGCUUGUUCUUGCAGUCUUCUGGCAAGCGUAUGCGCAGGAUAGAGAGGGUUGCUAUAAUCUUUGUUGGCUCCCUUGCUGGUAAUGGGAUUUCAAAUGUACCCAUUCUGUUGCCGAGACUAGUUUCUGCUAACAUCACUUACCUUUUCCUUUAAGGUAUCGAAAUUAUCAAGAGAACACUGAAAAUUCCAGCAAUGACUAUUGCCAAAAAUGCAGGUGUUGAAGGAUCGCUGAUAGUUGAGAAAAUCAUGCAAAGCGCAGCCGAUGUUGGCUACGAUGCCAUGCUUGGCGAGUUCGUAAACAUGGUAGAGAAAGGCAUCAUUGAUCCAACGAAGGUAAGUUCUCUUUAUUUCCCAACGGGCCUAUCAUCUCAACACAAUAGAUAACGAGCUGUACAAGUGUCUCACUGAAAUAUAUCUUAAACUUCUUUUUUUAGGUUGUAAGGACAGCCUUGAUGGAUGCAGCAGGUGUUGCUUCCCUUCUGUCUACAGCUGAAGCCGUAGUAACGGAAAUUCCUAAAGAGGAGAAGGAAGCUGCCAUGGGAGGCAUGGGGGCUGGCAUGGGAGGUGGUGGCAUGUUCUAAUGCUCAGCUACAGGGAUGUCCCAUCAUGGAACUACAGUGAGUGACCUGACAGUUUUAAGUAAAACUUCAGGUCAGGGUGAAACAGGAUGGAUAGUGACUGCAGAAGGCCCUGCGUUUGAAGAAUCACUGUAACAAUAGUUACUGGGUUUCAGUUUAGACAUGCAUAAUCGUUUACAGUCAUUGUCCAUGCCUACAGAUAAUUUAUUUUGUACUUUGAAUAAAGACAUUUGUACAUUCCUGAUACUGGGUGGAAGAUCCGUGUACUAAUGCUGUGCUCUAAACAGUUCAAGCACUUGCCGUUCUGUUAAAAUCAGACUUUUAUUGGUGCUUGCUAUCACUAGGACAUGCAGAAGCCAUUGUGUGCAAGACUGAAUAAAAUUGUGUACAAAGUAGACAAAUAUACAAUUAUGUGACAACUUUAUGUAAUAAAAGAUUGCUCAAAAAGG